CUUGAAUCAAGGAAGUGAUCAAUUUUUUGGCAUUAUCAACAACAUCACAUCAUUUUGCUGUUAGCCUGAAGGUGUGCGCGUGUGUGUAUGCGGUACAUUUACAUGGAUCGUUAUUCUACAAACCAUAAAUGGCAGUGACACUCACCGACAGUCGUUUUCACGAGAGGAUAAUAGAGGAGGUGAAAGCAGAGAUUCUGCCGAAGAUUGCGCCCAAGUCAAUUCUAGAUCACAUGGGGAGUCUAAUAUCAGUGGAGGAUAAACAGAGAAUCACACAAAAGUGCAACACAGGGUGUGAAAUCGAAGGUGCUCGAGAGUUAAUGGAUGUCCUGCAUAGAUUGUUCUCGGAUGCGUUUGUGAAGUUUGUAGAAGCAGUGAAAUUGACGGGAGCUGGAGACAGUGGUAAAUUAUUGGCAGGAGAAUUGUACCGCCGUGUUCCAGACGAGUAUAAGAAGAAAUUUGAUCACAUUUUCCAAGAGGAAGGGGAUGGCAACAACUGUGGGAGCCAUCAAUAUAGCAGUUCUGGAAUGAAAAUGUUAGAAGAACUACCCAGCGGAAAGGUUAAAACGCUGAGCAAAAUCUUGGAUGAAAAUGGAGAAUGGGAAGAACUUGUACCUGAUGAAAAACCCCUGAGUGAAGUCAACAGAAUGAAAGAGAGCAGGAGUCCGUCCAGAGAGUUGUUAAGCAUGCUUGUGAGAGACGGUUGGACUGAACAAAGGUUUGUGGAACACAUGAAGAAUAAGCUGAGUGAUGAGGUCUACAGUAAAGUUUGCCACACAGCCGACUGGAGUUAUCUCCCUUGCAAAGGUAAUCCCAGAUGGAUUGUCUCAGCAUUAUUUUGUUCUCACAAGACCCUGUACUAUCUGUGUAGCUGGUAAACAACUGGCCAGAUGCUGAUUUCUUAUCCCCCACCGUAUGUAAUACGGGCUUAUAAAGUUUUUCAGAAUGUCUCUCUGUCAGUACAUCCGUCCGUGGGGUAUCCUCAUUUAAAUAUGAGGUUUGGAAUUUAAUGAAGUGAGAUAUUAUCAACGUAACUCCUUCUAAAGUUGCCCCAAAUGACCACUGUAUCCUGACAAUGGACCCACCAGUCAGCCUGCUCCAUGGCCAGUCUCUGUAUGACG